AUGGUGACGAGCCAGUGGGAGGGAAGGGGGGGGUGCAGGAGGGAGGUGGAGGGAGACUGAGGUGCACAAGCAGUGUGUAUGAGGCAGAGAGCAAGUGACUGAGCAAGAGAGUGAGAGGGUGUUUGUGAGUGUGGGAGAGAAAAAGAGAGAGAGAAACAGUAGUGAUGAUCGACGCCAGGCUGCCACCACUCUGUAGCAGUGAGUGGCUGCAACAAAAAGCACAGAAUAACAUCCCCGACUCCCUGCUCUGCUUUUUUCUCUCUCCCUGCGUCUCAGCUAGCAGACGAGGGCUCCGCUCACAGCUCUGCAGAGGCUAUGCUGAGACUGAGCCGGCGUCGGAAGCAGGAUCUCUUGCUGCCAUCAACAAGUUAGGGUUGGAAGACCAUAGCCAUGAAAGAGGAACGCUUGAUCUUCAAUUAACCAUCUGAGCUGACAUCAUUGCGGUGGAAGGGAAACAAAAGGGUAAAAAAAGAAAAAGAAAAAAAGGAGAGGAGGGGGGGGGAUCUGUUCAACGGAGUCGCUCUGGAUGCAACUGAUCAACUUAAAAAAAAAUAUAUAUAUAUAAAUAUUUAUUUCAAGGAUUCGUGAGAUGAAGGAAAAGAUUCAACCCUUUCUUUGAAGUUGGAUUUUAAAGGACUCUAAGCAAAAUAACAGGAAUAAGCAUCAUCUUGUGACAUGGAAUUUCUUAUUUUGUUUCAAUUGGGUGGGCUCAGAUUUGCUUUAUUUCCAAAGAGGCUGAUUCCUUUUGUGCGUACUCAAAAGGGUUUUUUCCCUUUGGAUUUUUCUUCCAUCUGGUUGCUCCAAGAGUCUGCGGAAAAGGACAGUUGAAUGCAGCCUCCGAUGUGCACAAAAGAAUGGGUUUCCAUUCAAGGUGGCCAUUGGUGGGACCUGCACCAGCGGCUCUGGGUCUGUGUGUGAUCAGCAUGCUCCUAGUGUGCCUGCUGCCUCCUGCAUCGUGCACAACCUGCCCUCAAAAAUGCCGCUGUGAGGACCUGCAGUUCUACUGCGACACCCAGGGGCUUCAGGCACCCCCAGAUGGUGUGGACAAGGGGGCCCUGGGGUUGUCACUACGCCACAAUAGCAUCACUGAGCUUAGCCCUGACCAAUUCUAUGGCUUCAGCCAGCUCACCUGGCUACAUCUAGACCACAACCAGAUCACCACAGUUCAAGAGGAUGCCUUUCAAGGGCUCUACAAGCUUAAGGACCUCAAUCUGAGUUCCAAUCGUAUCACCAAGUUGCCCAACACAACCUUCAUCCACCUCAUCAACCUACAGAUACUGGACCUGUCCUUCAAUCAGAUGACUGCAUUGGAACCAGAGUUGUUUCAUGGACUGAGGAAGCUCCAGAUACUCCACCUCCGCUCCAAUUUGCUUCGCACCACACCUGUUCGGGCAUUCUGGGACUGUCGCAGCCUGGAAUAUCUGGGCCUGAGCAGCAACCGCCUACGGAGUCUGGCCCGAAAUGGAUUUGCUGGGCUCAUUAAGCUUAAAGAGCUCCACUUGGAGCACAAUCAGCUGACCAAGAUAAACUUGGCCCAUUUCCCUCGCCUGGUUGCCCUCCAGUUUCUAUAUCUGCAAUGGAAUAAGAUCAGCAACCUAACAUGUGGCAUGGAGUGGACCUGGACCACUUUGGAGAAGCUGGACCUCACAGGAAAUGAAAUUCGUGUGCUGACACCUGAUGUGUUUGAAACGCUGCCAAAUUUAAAGAUUUUGCUGCUGGAUAACAACAAACUAAGCAGUCUGGAUCCCCAAGUCAUGGAUAUGUGGCAGUCUCUGGGUACCAUUGGGCUAUCCAGCAACUUUUGGGAAUGUACCAAAAGGAUUUGCUCUCUGGCCACUUGGCUAAGCACCUUUAAAGGAAGGUGGGAACAUUCCAUUCUCUGCCAUAGUCCUGAAUAUGCCCAAGGUGAGGAGAUACUUGAUGCCGUUUAUGGAUUCCAGCUUUGCCAGAAUUUUUCAGCGCCAGUUGUUCAGACCAUUAGUACAACCACAGACGCUACUAUAGCUGCAGAGAUCACAAGCUCACUGUUUGGAAUUAUGCAGCCGACCCCAACGCAGGACUAUGCAGAGGAUUUUGGGAGCUUUACCACAGUCACUACCACAACAACCACAACACAAGUACCACACACUGCUCAAGCAACUACUGCUACAGUGGAAGAGGCAGCUGUAACAGAGGACUUCAUGGCAAUGGACAACACUGUUAUGACUCAUAGGGUUAUCAUUGGAACUAUGGCCCUUCUAUUUUCAUUCUUUUUCAUCAUUUUCGUUGUGUAUAUCUCACGGAAGUGCUGCCCUCCCACCCUGCGCCGGAUACGCCACUGUUCGGCUAUUCAGAACCGCAGACAGAUGAGGACCCAGCAGCGGCAGCCAAUGGCAGAUCUAGCUACACAGGUACCCUAUAAUGAGUAUGAGCCCAGCCAUGAAGAAGGGGCACUCGUGAUCAUCAAUGGCUAUGGGCAGUGCAAGUGUCAGCAACUGCCUUACAAAGAGUGUGAAGUAUGAACUCUUAUUUAUUCCUAGAGCAUAUGGUUUGCCAUUUGACCAUUUCAGAUGAUACAGGGUUUGCUUUUUUGAUUUUUUUUUCCCAGUUUAUGUAAAAAGCAUAAUUUCUACAAGUGAGAUUUAAGAAUAUGUGAGAAAUGAUGAAUGCUACAAUGACAGACGUUGGACAUGACCGUUAAGGGAUGAUGUAGGGAUAGUCACAAAUUUAUUUUUCUAUGAAUGCAAGGUUGUUCAUAUCAGGCAGGGGCAAUCAUUUUAAACAAGAAAAUUGUAAACUGUGAGAUUUGUCUCCACAUUGUCUAUAUUCUGCAGCACAGAGAAAAUACGUAGCCAAAUGGCCCUCUGCUAACGGAAUACAUUAAGUGGAGAAAUGUGAUUUAUGUCUAUUUCUUUUAAAAAACUAAAUAUUUGAAAUCAUGUUUCUAACUGCACCACAGGCAGUGAUGCCAAUCACUAUCACUGAGGCAAAUGAAUUGGAUCAGUUAUCAUAAUGUUUUUGUUUUACCGUUUCAUUGUUUUGGAAGACCUAUGAAACAUUAAAGGCCACUGAGACCAAAAUCUAACUCUGAAAUAUUACUGAAAAAUAAAUGUCAUUAUUGUUAUUAUGUUACAAAUAAAAAUAAAUCCUCUCGAGGAGAAAAGAACCCUGAAAUUCUAUUCAGUACACACUAAAUACAUUACUUUUACCAAAUCAGACAAUAGUCAGUUAGACAAGUCUAUAACCUUCCAUCAGAUCCAAAGGCCCUUGGUGUUUCCUGUUUACAGAAUUUAUUUGGGAGGCCCACCCUAAAGCCAGCUGUCCUUAGCCAAAAAAAAAAUCUUGGGUGUGGAAAUUCAAAGUUCAUCUAAGAAUUUGUGGAAAUGCAAAGUGAGUAUCUGUAUCUGCUGCUGUUUUGCAGCUUACUCUCAAGCUCUUGGGUUUUGGAGUUCUUACCCAGAAGGGCCAAUCACCACAAAUAAAUUCUUAAACCUGUGGGUAACACUAAGCUUGUUCAUCUGUGGUUAAUCUCCAAUAUACUACACUGAUGUCUUGAUGUCUUCCUUUUCCUUGGACGUCAAGAACAAAAUUAUUAGACCUUCAAAUGUACAACGACCUGUACAUGGAUCGCUGGCUCCCAAAUGCCAUAUACACUGUGACCAUAAUGUUUCCAAUAGCUUAACCUAGCAAGUACAGUUUGCUGAUUUGCUAUUAUAUACCGGGAUCAAUAUAGAGGCGAGCUAGUGUGAGGUGUUAAGGUAGCAAGUAAAAGGGUAAUGAACAGCGCAAAUGCCAGACAGGAGAGCAUUUCAUUCUGAAAAUAAAACCGUUCCCAGUAGCCCCGGCUCUUUACUGCUUACACACUAAUCAGGACUGACAGGCUCAAGAUUGAACCAAUUAAGGCAAGGCAAAAAGAAUCUAAUAUUCUGUCACCCACGCCAGUGAUCCAGCAACAUUUAGCUUGUUCAGCCACUCAAAAAUAGUUUUAGUAGAAUCAUCCUCCGCACCACAGAAAAAACAUCACUGAACCUUUUACUUUAAGACAGACGUUGCUCUUGUUGUUAGGGAUACAGAGUUGUCAUUUACAGUCCUCAAAAUGGGGUAACGGUGAAAAAUAAAUAUAAUAAGAUCUCCUUCGUUAGUAGUCACAAGUGUCAAGUUAAACUGCGGUCAAUACCCUGAAAGCAAAUGGAGAUCCAGUGAUAAGCAAACAGCAAGCCUGGGUCAGGAGACAUUUGUAUGCAGCAGGGAGAGGAUGUGCAUUAGCAUCAGACUAAAGCUGCUGCCGCAGCUCCGCACUUCUUUGUGUUCAGUUUGGUGGUGGGGGCAGGGUGAAUGAGAGAGGGAUUGAGAGGAAUUGAUGGGACGGUGAAGAGGGGCAACUACGGGACAAUGACUUAGUUUAUUUAAAAAGAAAACAAAACAAAAAAAAAAAUUUCUGGCCAACUAAAGGUAGGAAAGAAUUAAAAGAUAGAUACUGACUGAUAUCAUCUCAGGCUAAAAAUGCAUAGUCCUCAUAUAACAACAAUUUCAAUACAAACAAUUAAUGUUAAAUUCUUAACACUGGAAAUCAGAUUACAGCAUUUUCGUGACAGACUUGAGGCUAUGUUAAACAAAGUCGGUAAUUAAGACGUCAAGAUGCUCCUGAUAGCACAGCACCUUCGAGCGAGAUAUCUGGUUUUGAGCAAUUAGGAUACAGUUUGUUGUGGAUACCCCCUAGAAGUAACCAGAAGGUACCAUUUGUGGCUUUAUCUCUACUCAAAAUUUGGCUUCAAACUUCUAAAUGAAUGCUUGUGUCAUUGUCUUUCUGCACAUACUUGUAGGAUACCUACACCAACUUCUAAGAAAGUGUUUGUGUAAACCAAAAAUUGUUACACUUCACAUUUAAAUUUAAUGUAAAACCUUUCAUACACCAAUUUCCAAAGUCAAGCGCCUCCACUUUGUUUCCAAUUUUGUUUUCUUCCAGCUUCGCACUAUUUUUACUAUUGCCCUUCUAAUCUGUCUUGCAUGUUCAAAAGUCAAAAUUGAGUUAAAUAUUUCUUAAUGUCAUUCAGCAAACAUUUUGGAGGGACCUCAUUAAUAGCACCAAGAAUGGGGAUGUAUGUGCAAUUCCUAUGAAGUUCUGUCAAUCAUUUGACAUUUCACUGUUUAAGACUACGGUUGUACUAAGUGACUGAAAUCCACAAAAUUUGUAGAAAUAUGCAUCCCUUUGCACUCUGGCUCUUUGUAAACUGUUUUGUUUCCUCUUGUCAUCCUCUAGCCCUGGUCCCCACCCUGCCUAAAAAUUAAAAAGGAAAAAAAAAAAAAAA